AUGGAGGUUUUAAAGUCUAUUAAAUAUGGUAACACAGAAUAUUUAUUAUUGAUUUACUAAAUAAAAAUGAUAAUGAAAUUAAAUUUUUAGAAGAAAAUGUUUUUGCUGAAGAUGAAGUUAAUUAUCAUGGUUGGAAAUACAGAAUAUGGCUUUGUUAACGUUUUUAAAUGCAUAAAGAAGAAUAGAAAUUCAGUUUAUAUUUGA